AUGGUCGUAAAGGCUUCCGAGAUCGCACCGGCCGCAUAUGCCGUGGGCAGUACUAGCAAUGUACAGAAGGAGGACGAUUUGAUCUAUGACUUAGGCAAUCUAGCGGCUUUUGAUACGCAUCCAUUCAAGUAUGAGAAUGAAAAGGCAUUGGCACUACACGCGCGGGAGAAUGUCCAGCUGCUGAUUAAUCACAUUUUUGAGCUACCGCGUGAAAUGUCAGACAUGGGACCGCUCGCUCUAUUGCCUGGUCCUAAGACAGUUAUUCCACGUGAGAAACCGCUUCCUAAGCCAAAAAUUGAGACGAGAUGGGAGAAAUUUGCAAUGGAAAAGGGCAUUGAGAAGCGUAAAAAGAGUCGCAAGGUAUUUGACGAGAAUACGGGCAGUUGGAGUCAUACAUGGGGAUAUCAGCGUGCAGGUGAUGAUAUGAAAGAUUGGGCCGUGGAGAUGAAAGCUGGAGACACGGAGGAUCCGUGGACGAAGCGCAAGCAGGAAAAGCGUACUCGUGUGAACAAAAACCUGCGGGCUCAUGCGAGUAACCUGAAGCAAGGACGUGGCAAGCAGCUUGCUGGUAUUGCUGGUCGUACACCUACUGGUAUUCCAGUCGAGUUGAUGAAGACGGAAGAUGUGAAGGCAAAGCAGCGUGGAAAAGAGGGCACGAACAAGACGUUGGAAAAGGUGCAGUUCUCGACGGCAUCGAUGGGUAAGUUUGAUAAGAUGCGGGAGGGUGAGUCUGAACGUAAGGUGAAAGGCAAACGCAAUCACUUUUUGCCCACAACUGGUGCAGAAGCUACCGAGAAGGAGCGCAGCAUGAACGUAUUGAAGCGAGUGCUGGGACGUGAAGAGAAUGCUGGCAAGAAUAAGGGGAAGACCUUUGCUGAUGAAGAAGAAACUCAAGGUGCUAAGCGUAAGAAGAAGGGAAAAAAGCUGAAAAACUUUACCAAGGGCGCUACGAAGAAGCGACGGACCAAGUAG